CGACGUACCACAGAAGCAAGCAAAAGGUGAAGACGCGCGCGGUACCUCAGAGAACGCAGAUACGUUUUCCACACAGUUUGUUUUUCCCCCGAGGGUUUCCCAUUGUUUUCCGCACGCUUGUCCGCACCCGGCAGUCCCAAUGUCUAAGGAAGCGGAAGCGAUUCGCGUCGACAAGGAGCUCGACCUGUCGAACGCGGGUCGCGGUGUAUGGCUCGUGAAGGUACCGAAGUACAUUGCCAACAAGUGGGAAAAGGCACCGGGCAACAUCGAGGUGGGCAAGCUCAAGAUUUCCAAACAGGUCGGCCAGAAGGCGCAGGUGUCGCUGACGCUGUCCGACGCGGUCAUCAACAUCGAUCCGGCCGAGGAGAUACCGCGCGACCACCGGCUGGACGUGUCGGUCGUGACCAAGCAGACGCUCGGCGUGUUUUCGCACGCCGUUACGACCACGCGGGACGAUCCGGUGCCGGAGUGCGAGAAGCAGUACAUGGAGGGCCGGAUCGUGCAGAAGCUGGAGUGUCGCCCGUACGCCGACCACUGCUACAUGAAGAUGAAGCUGGAAUCGAUCCGCAAAGCGUCCCAGCCGGCACGGCAGGUGAAGUCGCUGGAGAAGAUCGUGCACAACUACAAGCCCGUCUCCGACCACAAGCACAACAUCGAGGACCGGGAGCGCAAGAAGGCGGAGGGCAAGAAGAGCCGGGACGACAAGAACGCCGUGCUCGACAUGCUGUUCAACGCGUUCGAGAAGCACCAGUAUUACAACAUUAAGGAUCUGGUGCGCAUUACGCGGCAACCGAUCAGCUACCUGAAGGAGAUACUGAAGGAGGUGUGCGACUACAACAUGAAAAACCCGCACAAAAACAUGUGGGAGCUGAAGAAGGAGUACCGGCACUACAAGGAGGACGACAAGAAGGACGACGACACGACCAAGGACACGAUGUCGGACAGUGAUAGCGACUGAGGUGGAUGUGAUAUGGCGCUUUCCGUCUGGCGUUUACGCGGGUACGCGGCCGGACAAGCUGCUGCGAACUGAUUCACGAUGUUUAUUCACGCGGUUAUUUAACAUAAAUACACAAACAAAAUGGGGCUAAAAAAGAA